CGGCGCGCACGCGCACAACACUACCAAACCAGUGUCGACCCCAGCCAUCUAUUAUGCUUCUUCGAAAUAAAAGCUACCCGAAAAUCUGCAAGGAAAACGCUACCGGAGCUGCCUGGAGUGAAAAGUGCUAACACUCAGGUCUUGAGAUGGAAUGUGUGCGUCGAGGUGGGACCAAGGAGCUGCAAGAGGAUCAUUGAGCUAAGAGACGUACAGACAGCAUUCAAGCAUCAUCUUCCGCUUAACUGGCGAGUAUGUCGGUAGUCACGUCCCCUGCUCAGGUGCCUCCACCUAUUGUAAACCCUCCUCCACCUGAGGUCACAAACCCCAGUAAGCCAGGUCGAAAAACAAACCAGUUACAGUAUAUGCAGAAUGUGGUUGUGAAGACUCUGUGGAAGCAUCAGUUUGCGUGGCCCUUUUACACACCUGUGGAUGCCAUCAAAUUGAAUCUGCUAGACUACCAUAAAGUUAUUAAAAAUCCAAUGGACAUGGGAACCAUAAAGAAGAGACUUGAGAAUAAUUAUUAUUGGACUGCUGGUGAAUGCAUGCAGGACUUUAACACUAUGUUCACAAACUGUUACAUCUAUAACAAGCCCACAGAUGACAUUGUUCUUAUGGCUCAAGCCUUGGAGAAAAUUUUUCUCCAAAAGGUUGCUCAGAUGCCCCAGGAGGAGGUGGAGCUUCUACCCCCACCACCAAAGGGAAAAGCACGAAAACCUGUGGCACCCCCUGGGACAGAAAACCAACAAUCAAUAGCACUGACGACUGGUUCUCCGUCCUCUUCAUGUCCGAGCUCCCCCCCUCAGCGGGCUCAGACUCCUGUAAUAGCUGCAACUCCAGUCUCGACCAUCACCUCCAAUGUCCAAGCUGUGCCCCCUGCCACACCCAUGAUCCAAACCGCACAGCCUGUUGUCAAAAAGAAAGGGGUGAAGCGGAAAGCAGACACCACCACGCCCACAACCUGUGCAAUCAAUGCCAGCAGAAGUGAGUCUCCCACUGCAAUGUUGGAGUCCAAACACAGUAAAGUCAUUUCCAGACGAGAGAGCACUGGUCGACCCAUCAAACCUCCCAAAAAGGACCUGGAAGAUGGGGACGUCCAACAGCAAGGCAACAAGAAAAACAAACUCAAUGAUCAUCUCAAAUACUGUGACAUUAUCCUCAAAGAGAUGCUUUCCAAGAAACAUGCAGCUUAUGCCUGGCCCUUCUACAAGCCUGUUGAUGCAGAAGCCCUGGAGCUUCAUGACUAUCAUGAAAUCAUCAAGCAACCAAUGGACCUUAGCACUGUCAAAAAAAAGAUGGAUGGCCGAGAAUACCAAGAUGCCCAAAGCUUUGCAGCAGAUGUUCGGUUAAUGUUCUCAAAUUGUUACAAGUACAACCCUCCUGAUCACGAGGUUGUUGCCAUGGCGAGAAAACUACAGGAUGUGUUUGAGAUGAAAUUUGCUAAGAUGCCUGAUGAACCUGCUGAGCCGUCCUCCCCUAAUGCAGUAUCAGCCACAGCGGUGGUGAGCAAGAGCACCGGCAGCAGUGAGAGCAGCGCAGACUCUUCCAGUUCCAGCUCGGAUUCAGAGGAGGAGCGGGCCACCAGGCUGGCCGAGCUGCAGGAACAGCAAUUCGUUGUGGAGCACCCCAAUGGUAACAGGGCGGGGACAAAAAACGGGUGUGCCAAACGUUUUCAGCUGAAGGCUGUUCAUGAACAGCUGGCCGCUCUGUCACAGGGUCCUGUAAGCAAACCAAAGAAAAAGAAAGAGAAGAAAGACAAAGAGAAGAAGAAAAAAGACAAAGAGAAGGACAAAGACAAAAUCAAGGUCAAGGCAGAAGAUGAAAAAAAGGCCAAGUCGUCACAACAGAUUAAGCCCCCUCAGCAGAAAAAGACCUCUGCGCGGAAACCCAACAGCACAUCCACUACAAGGCAACCGAAAAAGGGGGGCAAACCUGUCCCGGUAAACUAUGAGUCUGACGAGGAGGAGUCGCUUCCCAUGUCUUACGACGAGAAGCGACAACUCAGCUUGGAUAUCAACCGGUUGCCGGGUGAGAAACUGGGCCGUGUGGUCCACAUCAUCCAAUCGCGUGAGCCGUCACUCCGAGACUCCAACCCAGACGAGAUCGAAAUCGACUUCGAAACGCUUAAGCCGUCCACAUUGCGUGAGCUUGAACGAUACGUCAAAUCCUGUUUACAGAAAAAGCAACGCAAACCUUUACCGGGCACUGGGAAAAAGAGUGCCAAGUCUAAAGAGGAACUGGUUCAGGAAAAGAAGAAAGAGUUAGAAAAGAGGCUACAGGACGUGAGCGGACAACUGAACCACAACAAGAAACCACCCAAAAAAGCAGAGAAGGCGGGGUCAGCGCAGGGGGGCGGGCCAUCUCGGCUGAGUGGCAGCAGCAGUUCUUCUGAUUCGGGCAGCAGCAGCUCCAGUGGCUCCAGCUCGGAGAGCAGUGACUCAGACUGAACUCACAUCAGCUUGUCACGUACUUCAAACUCCUCUUAUUUUCUAACGAGUAGUGUGUGUUGUCAUGAAUAUUAUCUCUCUGAAGGCCUGUUUUAUAAAGAGCUAGAAGCAUUGCAGAUAGCAGAGGAUAUUUUAAAAUAGUUUGUAGAAUGCUCCUGGCUCAGACAAAGAGGAGAAUGGCAAUAGUUUUAAGGUUAUUUUGAUUGCCCUUAAAGGGAAAUGGCUGGUAUCACCAGAGGAAAAAAAAAGACAAAAAUACUUUUUUCUUUUUUUUUUCUUUUUUUUUUUUUAUAAAUAUGUCAGUUGUGGAGGUGAAACAAACGGGUGUGUGUGUUUGUGUUCAGGUUGCUGCUCGUUAGAUCCAUACUGAAAACAUUCAUUAGUGGAAAAACUGUCAAAUGCCUGGCUGCAUUUUACUAAUUGAGUAGCUACACAAGAUUUCAAUGUUUGAACGAAAAAAGAAAAAAAAAAACCUGAUCAACUCUUUUUAACUCUGGUGUGAUUGUCAUGUUAGUAGAACUUUUUAACUCAUUCCACAUUAAUUUUUCAGACUAUGAUAAUACUUUUGCUGUUACCAUUUUUAAAAGGAUCUAUUUAUUUUUGUUUUAUCCAAAAAGGCACAAAGUCGCUCGCUCAUGUUUCAACAUGCUGUCUUUACAGAAAUGUUUCUUGACCUGUUUAAAUGUAAGACAUCUGACUCAACAUAACUCUCUAGGCAGUACUAGGCAGUGUCUGUCGACCCUGUUGUCAGUAUUGUUAUAAAAUCCUUUGUAUUGAGAGGCUUAAGCAUUGUUUGCAGUCAUUUUAGCUAUUCCAACACUGUACAUUUUCACUUCCGGUGCUCUCAGCUCAGUAUUUGUUGUAGAAUUUUGUUUAUUAAUCUGUACUAUACACUUUUUUUUUUUUUGGUUUGUUUUAUAUUUGGAUUGUGUUUUGUCCUUUAUAUUUAUAUAGGCAAGUGUCUCUUUUCCUACUUUCUGUCUAGAAAUGCCUAAUUUUUUAUCAUGUCCACUCAUAGGACAAUCAAAGUUUUGAAUUAAGUUCAGUCUGUAUGAUUUGCAGGUAUUUUAGAGUGGUUGAGUACAUUCAGAAAGGCCAUUAUGGCAAAAUGCAUUCAGACGUUCAUAAACACAUUGGAAUAAACAACCCUCUAUAAAACUCCUGUAUGGGGAAACAAAAUGAAAAAUAAUAGCUCUCUUUGGAAAGUAGAAACACGGAGAGGAUUCCUCGGUAAAGAAAAUCAGGGAAGUUCCCUUUGUGAAGACUUCAAUCAGCAGUGCUAGAUAAAACUUCAGAAGGAUGUGUUUGACAGUAGCUGUUAUUAGUUCAAAGUAUUACAACUUAUGUAUGUUCUCAAUUUUAGUAAUAACUUUUAUUUUACUUAUGUUUUUUUCACUCAAAUGGUGUAUUGAAACAUUCAAAAGGUACAAACAUUCAAAGGUACCUAAACACUUCACAAAACAUGCUAUUUUCUUGUCAUAUAUUCAGAAAAGUUUAUUUGGAAAUGACCAUGACUGAUAAUCUUUAUAAAAAAUGUAUGUAUUAGAUGUUGUUUUUCUUUUUGUGGCUGCAGUAAUGCCACUCAUAAGUUUUGUGGCAUUAAUGUCAUGCAGAGCCUCAAAUUUAAAUCUCAACCCAUUAAAUUCAUUGGUUGUGUUCUUGUUAAGUUUAGUUAACAAGUGGUCUUGCCUUAAGUUUAUUUGGCGUAUUAAAAGUAAAAUGGGUCUGGUAUAGCUAAUCAUGUUGAAAUCAAUGUAUAGGUUUUUCUUUUAUCAAAAGAACACAAAAAAACAUCAAUCUUUAUGUAAAAUGACUUAAAGGGUAGUCUUAUAUGUAGGAUGCAUUUGUUUUUUUUUAUUAUUACCACUGUAUUGCAUUACAUGUUCAAUCUCCGCAUUUAUUUGUGACUAAUUUACCAUGUCUCUAAAAUAACUAAUUUGUGUUACAGCUUCAUUUACUCAAUUCCUCCAGCAGAAGUAAAUCUGGGGUUCUUCAAAGAGAAAAGGUUGCAGACAGAGAUAUAAAGAUACAUAGGAUCUAUAAUUACAGAUAUAAACGUAUAUUCACUACUUGGCAAUUCUGUCUUGGGUUUGAAUAUUUUAGGGGGUUUUUUUAUGAGAGAAAAAAACAUUUGUGUAUUGCAUGCCAAUUUACAAUAUAUUUCUUAAACUUUUUGAGCAGUUUAUAACAUGUAAAUAUCAUUCUUUGGAGUAAAACGUUUAAAUUGGUAGCUCUACAUGAAUGUUAAGUUCGGCAAGUUGAUAAGUAUGUUUUGGGACAGAUUUACAUGGUAAUAUCUGAUGUAUAAACUAAUCUGAGAUUUGGACACUGAGCCCGCUCAUUUUUCAUAAAUAAAUCACAAAAACCUACAGUGGUGUCUAUUUACUACCUAGGUAGAUUCAUUUUAGAGUACUUGUGUUUAUAGUUAUAUUUGUGUAGACCUUAAAUAGUGCAUAAUCCUAAAUCUGCUUAUUGAGGGGAAAGUGGUAGUUGAAGUCUUUCGAUUCUUGGCAACUGAAAAGGAAGCCACUUCUUCCAUCGUGUUGUGGCACAUUUCAAAUGUCAAUAAAAAUAAAUACUGCAAUGCAUUAUUCUGGAAGCUCAAUGUAAAUGCCAGAUUAAAAUGACGUGUGGCCAGAUUUACAGUAACAAUCAGAUGAGUUCCCCUUUGUGAAAAGAGAAUAAUCCGUGACAAAAAAAAAACUACAACAUAACAGCACACAUUCGGGACUGUCCAGUGCUGUCAGUGUCUUUCCGUUUUGUCCCAUAUCACAACUCCUUGGUUGCCAUAAUGGCUAAAACAAAUGCAACUGCGGCUCAGGUAGGCCUAGUUGUUUGGAGGCGCUUUUUCCAGCUCUAGCUGUUGCCAAAUAAACAGCACGGUCUUCUGUGUAAUCGGGCAGCUGUCCAGAAUUGAUAAACCUUUCACAAUUUUCGUGUGAAAAUUCAAGAUAGGACAGCGGCUACACAAACUCAACCAACGGCGUCCGUUUUGAAUGCAAGACCGACUGAAACUAAGUGCAGUUUGAUGGUUCCGACAGACUGUAAUCAAUUUGUCUAGCUCUUCCUUGAGCAAGAUUUAAUUCUACUUUUAGUUAUGCAAUUAAAUAAAGUAUUUUACGAAUGCGAUCAUGCACUUUUAUUAUUAUUAUUUUUUUUUUAAAGAGAAAACAAACUUUGACAUUUAA